UAAAAAUGGUGAGCGAAGGGUACGCGGGGGCGCGAGAUGAGCGGAGGCGGCUGAAGCGUGAGCUGAAGGGGGCAAGGUGGGCGUUCGAGGAGGAGCAGAUUAAUAACCGGGCGGCAAUCCGGGCCUACCACCGCUCGAGGGACGUCGGGAAUAGCUACAGUGACGACCUCGUCAAGACGCUGGAGGAGACGAAGGCGCGCGUCUCGACGCUCGAGGCCGCAUCCGCCGAACUCGCGAGCAAAAUGGGCCCCGCUGACGCCGCGAUGGCGGUCGCUGCGCUGGAGGAGAGGAGAGAGAAGGCGGAGGAUGAGCUGGCGGACGCAUACGAGGCGCUUUCGGAGAAGGAGAUCCGGUUGAGUCGGCUGAAGGAGGAACUGGCGAGGGUCAAGGAGAUGGGAAGGUCCUUGGAGGAUGAGCGCGACGACGAUCGGCUCGCGUUCAACAAGCAGCUUAAGAAGGCGAUCCACGCACAGCAUGAACUUCAUCUCCAAGUUGUUGAGAGGAGCUGGUCCCACGAACGUCGGCUCACGGGGCUGGAGGAGCGAUUGGCAGCGCUGAGCAAGUCACCAGCGACGAGGCGAGGGAAGCUGAGGAGUUCGAUCGAAGUCGAGGAGAUAGAAGAAGCUGUGGAUACAACGGUACCGGAGUUCCUUCAAGGCUCUAGUCGCGGCGGAACGCCUGAGCGCGAAGGGGACGCGAAACAAGACACCUCUUCGUAUCCGACUACGCCCGCGCUGACAUACACCUCAGGAACAUGGUCUCGCUCCCCUUCCCGUUCCCCUGGUCUGCCAA